AUGAAAUCCUUCUCGAAUUCUAAAAUCCAACGACAAGAAAACGAAAAGAAAGAAGAACAAUUCUGGAUACAGUGUUCAACUCCUCGUUGGACCAAGUGCGCCGUGUUCGAUCUCCCGCACGUCGUGGCUUCGCUGCAGGGAAACCCAACGGUGACCGCAAUCGCCGGCGACAUGUUCGAGUUUGUCCCCCUUGCAGACGCAGUGAUUCUCAAGUGGAUAUUUCAUGACUGGAACGACGAAGACUGCGUGAGGAUACUGCAAAAUUGCAAGAAGGCGAUUCCUCCAAAGGAGGAAGGAGGGAAAGUGAUUAUUAUUGAAAUGGUGAUGAAAUUGGAGAAUGAGGAGGAUGGAAGUAUUCAUGAUGAAACGACAGAGACGCAGCUUCUGUUGGAUGUGCAGAUGAUGGCGCCUGUGCCAGGGAAGGAGAGGAGCGAAGCAGAAUGGAAGAGUAUCUUUAUAGCUGCUGGUUUCUCAGGCUACAGCUUCUCAUCAAUCUUGGGCUUGCGUUCUAUCAUCCAAAUCUUCUAUUGA